AUGGGUGACUACGAGAUGAAAAACAUGCGAUCAUCCGAUUCGGACAUCGAGAGCGGCGGCGAGCCCGCGGCCGAUGAGGAAUCGACGGCCGAGCUGAACGACUUCUUCAGCCAGGUGGAGGAGAUCAAGGAGGCCAUGGCCCAGAUCACCGAAAAUAUCGCCACCAUGAAGGGCCUCUACUCCAAGCUCCUCACCGCCACCUCCACAGAAGACGCCCAAGAGCUACGGCAGGAGGUGGGCGAAGUGCGAUCGUCGACGGACAAGAUAGCACAGCAGAUGCGCAUAAAGAUGAAGAAGAUGCGAAAGGAGAACGACGACUUUGAGAAGUCGCACGACAACGACCCCUCGCUCGUCAAGAUUCGAAGCAACAUGCACGGCACGCUGGUGCGAAAGUUCCUGGAUCUCAUGCAGGAGUACCAGGCCAUGCUCACCAAGUACGACAAGAAGUUCCGCGACAAGGCCUACAAGGAGGUCCAGAUCGUGGCGCCGGACGCGUCGCCGGAGGACAUUGAUGAGGUGCUGGAGUCGGGCGAGGAGGCCAUAUUCCAGAAGCACAUCAUGGAGGACCGGAAGCACGCCAAGGCCAAGCAGACGCUCGACUACCUCAAGGAGAAGCACAACGAUCUGCUCGCCCUCGAAAAGUCCAUCACCGAACUCAACCAGUUGUUCAUGGACAUGGCGAUUCUCGUCGAGACGCAAGGCGACCUGAUCGAUCAGAUCGAGUUCUCGGUGAUGAACUCCAAGGCCUUCACCGAGAAGGCUGUGGUGACCCUCCAGGAGACCGCCAAGAUCGUCACCAACACGAGAAAGAAAAAAGUGUGCAUCGUCAUCACGGUGAUUCUGAUCAUCCUCCUGAUCGUGGUGGUGAUCGCCGUCGUGUCGGGUGUCAUCCCGCCCCUCGUCAGCAGCGGUUGA